AUGUCAGAGGACCUAUCCACCGAUACAAUCCAGGAUUAUGCCGUAUCAACCAAUCCAUACAUCCGAGGUCUCUGUGGUGGCAUAUGCGAUCACUUACUGAUGCUUGUUGAAGCAUGGAGACCUCCGACAAUCAAAAUCGACGACCUCGACAGCAAAUUCCCAGGAUACGCCAAAGGCGCUCACGAGGCCAGCGAAAUCUUCGGAACUCACAUACGAGAACUGGAAGCUGUAAUCGACAUACCGUUCGAAUUUGCAGAUGGAAUCACCGUAGAUCCACAUCGAUUUGCAAAUGACAGAGAGCCCACGACACCUGAAGCCAUGGCGAGAGCACACACAUACUACCUCAUCAACACCCGCAACUAUGCCAUGCGUUUCGACAUGACGGCAGAAGAANCCAGAAGCGUAGAUGUCAAAGAAUGCAAACGACGCAUGGUCGACGCAGCUGUCAGAUUCCGGGACAUGCGAGACGAAGCGUUGGAGUUGUCCGAAAAGUACUUUGAGCUUCUACAGCAAGCUGGGUAUGGAGAUGAGGAUGUUUAUGGUAAUAGUGUUGUGUCCUCUCUGCCUGCUGCUGUUCAGCUACCACGAUUUGGUGUUGCAGCAGAAACUGAUGCCACAAGUGGUGGAGUCAAGGAAGAGUGGGAUCGGUCGCCUAGUUUGCCGGCUCAUUUGCGAGGAACAGGACAGUACCACAGCGAACUCGAAAGACCGUCGCGACCUGAGCAGUCAUGA